AUGUCGGCCACAACCACCACCACCGAGACCGGGCCCAUCACGGCGCAAAACAUCCUGAGCCUCUUUCCCGAGAUUGACACGACUUCGGUUGCGCUCGAGGGUCACGAUGAGGAGCAGAUUCGUCUGAUGGACGAAGUCUGCAUCGUUCUCGACGAGAAUGACAAGCCAAUUGGCACCGCCAGCAAGAAGCUCUGCCAUCUCAUGACCAACAUCGACAAGGGCCUGCUGCACCGCGCCUUUUCCGUCUUCCUCUUCGACGACCAGAACCGACUGCUCCUCCAGCAGCGCGCCAGCGAGAAGAUCACCUUCCCCGACAUGUGGACCAACACCUGCUGUUCUCACCCGCUGAGCAUUCCCGGUGAGACUGGCUCUGACCUACCCGAGUCCGUCGCUGGUGUCAAGCGCGCUGCGCAACGAAAACUCGACCACGAGCUGGGCAUCAAGACGGAGCAGGUCCCCUUUGACGACUUCCGCUUCCUCACCCGUAUUCACUACAAGGCCCCCAGCGAUGGCAAGUGGGGAGAGCACGAAAUUGACUACAUCCUGUUCAUCAAGGCCAAUGUCGACUUGAACAUCAACAAGAACGAAGUCCAGGACACAAAAUACGUCUCCCCCGAAGAGCUCAAGACCCUCUUUGCCGACCCCAAGCUCAAGUUUACGCCGUGGUUCAAGCUCAUCUGCGAGUCUAUGCUCUUUGAGUGGUGGUCACACCUUGACUCGGGUAUCGAUGCAUACACCAAUGAGCAAGAGAUCCGACGCAUGUAA